AUGAAAAAAAUACCCGGAGGUGCAGUGUUCUCGCAGUCGCAAACUUCAUCUUCAGCAGCACCUGCAGCUGUUAAGCAAGAAAAUUCAUUCUCUGAGCAUCUAGUGACGUUGCUCAAAAAAGAGCGUUUUGGAUCACCCACUGAUCGGGCCAUGCCGAAAAGAAAACGGUUGGUGGACAUCCAACCAGGUGAGAGUGUCUCUGCCGAACAUGCUGCAAAAAUCAUGUCAAGAAUAAAGACUGAAACAACAGAUUCAAAUGAUGAUGACCGUGAAAACGUUUCCCCCAAGAAAAAGAAGAAGAAGGAUGUCUCUGGAGAAGAAUCCAUGAAGAAGGUGAGCUCAGAAGAAUCGAAGAAAGAAAAUGUUCCCCCCAAGAAAAAGAAGAAGAAGAGCGUCUAUGGAAAAGAGGACAAAACAAUGAUCCAAGAUGAAACGAAGAAAAGCAGGAAGAUAAUGCACAGUCGAUCGACGAAGGAGAUUACCGCCAAAGCAACAAACUUUGCAAAUCGCAAAAAGCUUUUGCGUUAA